GACUUUCGAUUUAACAUUCUUUUGAAAGUCUGUCGAUAGGGUCUUUGGGAUUACUUAAUGAUUAAAAUUACUCCCGAUUUAUAUUGUUGUUCCCACUAAUGCCGCGCAAAGCAAGUGUAUUUACAAUUGGGGACGGGAAAGGGAAAAAUGGGUGGGGAAAUGAUUUUGAAGUAUCGGUGGGGCUAGUGGAACUCGAAAGUCUUCACAAGUCGUGUGACUCGGCUCACUACAGUUUUCGCUAUGGCGUGUAUAGGGUCGAGUAGGCUCUGUGCUCGUGCAGAGAAAUUGUGCCAGUUUGGACAUUUCGCCCAAUUACGAAGGAAAGUUUCAACGACAUGUGUCAAGUCACGACCUAGAAUCGAGCAUUCAACUAGCACUUUGGUUCAACAUUGUCAGAGUAGUACAAGCACACGGGACUGCAGGACGAACGUCGUGAGGAUGAUGAGCUCGAUGCAAACGCAGCUGCCUGGAUCUCUGCACGAUUAUCAAGUCGACCCUUACCGACUUCUCGAGGACGACCUCAAGGAUGUCUACGAAGACAUACGAGAGGUACUCAUCAGGAACACGACGCAGAAGGAGCUGCAGACUAUAGCGACGUACUACUUCGACGGUAAGGGAAAGGCGUUGCGGCCGAUGGUAGCAAUUCUCAUGGCACGGGCUAUCAAUUACCACAAGCAAAGAAACGGUCUCUUGGCCUCGCAGCGGCAAGUAGCGAUGAUCUCCGAGAUGAUCCAUAACGCUUCCUUGAUCCACGACGACGUAAUCGACCAGCCUGACUUCCGCCGUGGUAAACCUUCGGUCAAUGUCGUUUGGAGUCAAAAAAAGGUAACAAUGACGGGAGAUUAUAUUCUGGCAGUCGCGUCCAUUAUGAUAGCCCAGCUUCGAAAUGACGAUGUCACCCUCACUCUCAGUCAGGUCGUGACGGACCUGGUGCAGGGUGAAUUUAUGCAGCUUGGCUCUAAAGAGACGGAGAACGAGAGAUUCGCGCAUUACCUCACGAAAACGUAUCGCAAAACAGCCAGUUUAAUCGCCAAUUCCUUGAAAGCGGUGACCAUGUUGGCAGGUGCUGAUGAUCAGUUGGCCGAAUUAGCUUUUCAAUAUGGUAGAAAUGUCGGUUUAGCAUUUCAAUUAGUCGACGAUCUUUUGGAUUUCGUGUCUUCUUUACCAACAAUGGGUAAACCUACUGCGGCAGAUUUGAAACUAGGUCUUGCAACUGCUCCAGUACUCUUUGCUUGUGAACGAUAUCCAGAAUUGAACGCGAUGAUCAUGCGUCGAUUUCAAGAGCCAGGAGACGUCGAAAAAGCGUUCGAGCUAGUACAUAAAUCACAAGGUCUCGAUCAAACAAGAUUUUUAGCACGAAAGCACUGCAUCGAAGCAAUGAAACUUGCACAAUCUUUAGCCGAAAGUCCGUACCAGAAAGGUCUGCAAGUAGUUUGCGAUUUAGUAUUGAAUCGUAUGAAGUAGUGAUAUGAGAAGUCACAAUAAGAACUGUGUAUGAAAACAACAACGACGACAGAGAACGUCUUGAAACGAAAACUAGUAGUCACGAAGAAUGAAUGUUGGCCACGAGAAACGCCAAUUAAUGCAAUUGCAGCAAACGAAACAAAAUGUGCCGUUGAUACGACAAGAUUGUACUGGUUGUAAAGAAAAAAUAUCGAAGAAAUGCAAACGUGUCGCGACAUGUAUCUAAAUACACUCGUGACAAAUAUGUUUGACCAAUUUAAUGAUACUUACAGCUCUAUAUUUAAACUUGUAUGUUUAUAACAUAAAAGUUUAAUUAUAUAGUUGUGAUAUUGUCAAUAACAUGGUAAUUUUAUGGGGAAAAAAAAGGAAAGAAAUCGGAAAAUAGGCGGGUUACUAUUUUUAUAAAUUUCACACGUAACAUAACAAAAGAUAUAUCAUGUUAAUUGUCAAUAUUCAAAUAUGAGCGAUAUUGUCACGAUGUUUCUCUAUUCGAGUUCAAACGUUACCGAAUACAGUGUAAUUACAAGCGAGAAAUCACUCACUAAACGAACGAUAACGUUUACUUCGCUCUAUAGUGCACAUAUUACCUGAUUUUAUCGAUAUUGUCACUAGCCAAUCAUAAGUGUAAAUAAAAUGAUUUGUAGAAGUAGUUAUAACGUAUUAGAAUUGGUGACUCUGCUUGAUUGUUCUUUUAUUAGAAUCUUUUUGUAGUGUUAUGAAAUCCACCCAAUGAAUA